AUGAAUUAUGCUCGGCCUGUGGUUGGACUACGUACGAUCAACUCGGGUCCUACCUUCCCCGGGGAUCAACCAAACGAUGGCGGACUCGGAAAUGAGUACACGACAUGGAAGUUUCUGCGCGAACAACCAGGUCUCAAUAUUCCACUGGUGAAAGAGAUGAAACGUUUUACAGAUCCCGAAGAUCCCAUACAGUUCACAUUGAUCUCACGAGCUCCGGGCGUGGAGUUAGCUUCGAUCUGGUACACCUUAUCUCCAGAACAAAAGUCUGGAUACAGAGAUCAAUUGGUCAAUGUCCUUAAACAACUCCGACAAUAUACGUCACCUUCUCCCCAAAAGAUUAAUGGCGAUAAACUUGAUGAUGGUGUGUUGAUCUGUAGGACCAUUCAUCCUCCCACCUGUUUUAAAAUUGGAUCCACAGAUGAAGAAUGGCUGGAAGAUCUAUCGGAAACAAUGCGUGCUGGAAUAUCCGCUCAAUAUGGUGACUCUCAAGAUGAGGGACUCGUUGAGAAGAAACUCCAGGAAAUGAAGGACAACUUCCCAAGCGGAGCACCAUAUACUCUGACCCAUGGAGAUCUGAACCUCACCAACAUUAUUGUCAAGGAUGACAAAAUCCAAGCCAUCAUCGACUGGGAGCAGUCAGGAUACUGUCCUUGGUGGGCGGAGAGGUAUCUUUCCAAAGUUGCCGGUGGCGCCUAUAUGAACGAGCUCUUCGAAGGGGUUUGGGAGAAGGUACAGCCCGAAAUCUCCGACAGUGCCUUUGCGCUGAUCAUUGAAAAAAUUGUGCCGGUCCGCAAAGCUUUGAGCCGAGCGCGGGUAUGGCAUGACCACCAAAGACAUGGCUUUUUGCGACCCCCUUUUUGCAAAUGCAAGCCUAUUGGUGGCAUCAUUAGAGCACAAUUCCUUGAGCCGUUCACACAUACAGUGGCAGAUUGGAGAAAUCAAUCAGAGCCAGAUACCAUGGACUGGAUCGUUAACGUGAGAGACCCAAAAGUGGACGAAAAAUGUGACCAGAGUACUCCCACACCGAAACCGUCGCCAGCUUCGGCACCUUGGUUUGCAACAGAAGUGCCGCCCGGAAAAAAAGAAUGA